UAAACUUCAUAUAGAUUUAAGGUCCUAGGUGAUGAAUAUUCAGCUGCUGAUUGUGGUCGUGUUUAUAGUGUUGCAGGCAACCUUUGAGGGUGGCACGGUGAAGCCAAGGAAGCUGAAGCGAAAAGCCACAGCACAGCAAAAGAAGCCAUUGAAGUUGGGUCAGGUGCUUGUCGUAUACACACCCAAAGAUUCAUGUAGUUGAUGAGGCACACACGCAAAAAACACGCAUAGCUUUUGAAUUUGGUGAGUAUUGACCUGACCCACUAGAUUUGCGUGUUCUCCAUUUAAAGUUCUACUUUAAAUUGCUUUUUAAAGAUGAGAUGCCAAUUGAUGAGUCAGAUGCUGCUAUUGGGGCUGUAGUAUGUAAUCAAUUAAUUUCCUGAAUUAUAUAUUCUGAUGUGAUAGAAACAGCCAUGUGCAGUCUGGCCACUGAAAAGAGUAGCAGGCACAUACAAUCCGUUAGAUGGAGGCAUUUCAUAUCAGAGUGAGUCAAUGAAGGCAAGUCAAUGGAGGCAUAUCAUAUCAGAGAUAAGCAUACUUGUGUUUCCAAAAGAAGAUAGAGAUGAAAACACUCUGCAUAUUCAUUGCAAUGGAAUGCAAUGCAAUCAGUGAACAAAUUCGAAAACAAUCAAAGAGCUAACAGCAAAGAAAUUCACUGUAAGAGCUGUUACAAUGCAAGAGAGUAAAAAUGAGUCCUCUUUUAGGUUCAACAAAAGAAGGUCUGAGGGAAAAAGUUGUAUUGAUAUGCCAAAUAAGAAUCCUCAGCAUAAAGUUCCCAAGCUUAACCCAACUAGUACUGUUUCAUAUGUCCAGAUUCUGGGUACUGGAAUGGAUACUCAGGACACUUCGCCUUCAGUCCUGCUCUUCGUUGACGAGCAAAGAUUUAUUUUUAAUGCUGGAGAGGGAUUGCAACGAUUCUCUACCGAGCAUAAGAUUAUAUUACCAAACGUAGAUCACAUAUUUCUUUCUCGUGUCUGCUCCGAGACAGCAGGGGGACUUCCAGGUCUUCUUUUCACUUUGGCCGAUUUUGGAGGGCUGUCUGUAAAUGUAUGGGGUCCUUCAGACCUCAAGUAUUUAGUUGAUGCAAUGAAGUCUUUCAUUCGACGUGAUGCUAUGGUUCACGCAAGGAGCUUUGGGACAUCUCCAUCCUCUGAUGCUACUCUAACUGAUUUAACAAAGUUAACCGACCCCCUUGUUCUUGUCAAUAAUGAGGUUGUUAAAAUAUCAGCCAUUCUCCUAAAACCAAAUUUCUCCGGAGGAUCAGCAGUAAAGCCCGGGGAGUUGUCUGUUAUAUAUGUUUGUGAAUUGCCUGAACUCAUGGGAAAAUUUGAUCCUGACAAAGCUAUGGCUCUAGGCUUGAGUUCUGGGCCAAAAUACGAUGACCUGAAAUCUGGGAAGUCAGUGCAGUCAGAUUGUGGCACCAUGAUUCAUCCAAGUGAUGUAAUGGGCCCGUCUGUUCCUGGUCCCAUUGUACUACUGGUUGACUGCCCAACAGAAGCCCACGUAUUGGAGUUGUUGUCUGUGGAAUCUCUCAGUAGUUACUAUGCAGAUUGCUCAACAAAAUGUGCCAAGACUGUGAAUUGUAUCAUUCAUUUAAGUCCUACUUCUGUCACAGGCACCCCUAAUUACCAGAUAUGCAUGAAGAGGUUUGGUUCAGCCCAACAUAUUAUGGCUGGACAUGAAAUGAAGAAUGCAGAGGUUCCAAUUCUAAAAUCCAAUGCAAGAUUAUCCUCCGAACUUAUUAUCUGUGUCCACAUUAUUCCACUGCAGAGUUUUUCUGAGAUUGUAGAUGCUUGCGCAACAUGUCAGCCAGAUCUGGAAAGUGCCUCCCGAAACAAACGAGGUGAUAUCUCAUUGCUGAAAAUGAAAGUGGAUGGAAUCGGAGUUCCAGUUGUUAUGGAAAAUGUAGGAAAGCGACCUGGAGAUGAUUGUGGAAAUGAACCCUGGGCCAAAACUGAGAAGAAGGUACAACUUCGAAACUGUUACGACAUGUUCCAACCUCUGCUAGCAAGAUACGUAUGGAGGGUGCUGACAGUGCUGUGGGAAUCUAAGCUGCAUUUGGAUUUCGCAUUUCAUGCUGAUCACCAUGCUGGUUUGGCAACCUAUGAGGAUGGCCAGGUGUAUGAUUCUGUAGCUAAAACCGACAGCACACAAAGGAAGCCAUUGAAGUCGGGGAACCCUGGGACAACUGAGAAGAAGAUACGGUAUAGAGGUGCUGACAGUGCUGUGAGGAAUCUAAGGUGCAUUUGGAUUUCUCAUAUUCAGCUGCUCACCAGGCUGGCUUUGGCAAGAAUACUUGCUCUACGACAUGACUUGUUAAAGGCAACCUAUGAGGAUGGCCAGGUGGAGGAUGCUGUAGCUAAAAAACACAGCACAACAAAGGAAGCCAUUGAAGUCGGGUCAGGUGCUUAUCGGAUUGUUCUCACCACUUACGCCAAAGACAUCCAAAGAUUCCUGCAGUUGAUGAUGCAGCAUGCAUAA